AGCCAGCGCUCAUGAUGGAAGAAGAAGCUGAGCCCUCAUUGCUCCUGCCCCUAAUUCCCUAGAGAAAAGCAGGAACAUUUCCUUUCUGUCAUAUUUGUUAAAAGGGUACUGGUGUGUUUCUUAAAUCUAACAGGGUUGGGCACGGUGGCUCACACCUGUAAUCCCAGCACUUUCGGAGGCUGAGGCAGGCAGAUCACGAGGUCAAGAGAAUGGAGACCAGCCUGGCCAACAUGGUGAAACCUCAUCUCUACAAAAAACAAAAAAUUAGCUGGGCAUUGUGGCACACUCCUGUAGUCCGAGCUACUCGGGAAGCUGAGGCAGGAGAAUCUCUUGAACCCAGGAGGUGGAGGUUGCAGUGAGCUGAAAUCGUGCCACUGCACACCAGCCUGGGUGACAGAGCAAGACUCCAUCUCAAAAAAUAAAUAUUUUCUUGUGUUUAUUCUUUUUUUUUUUGAGACAGAGCCUCACCCUGUCGCCCAAACUGGAGUGCAGUGGUGCAGUCUCAGCUCACUGCAACCUCUGCAUCUAGGGUUCAAGUGAUUCUCCUGCCUAAGCCUCCUAUCUGGGAAUACAGGUGCCUGCUACAACACCCGGCUAAUUUUUGUAUUUUUGAUACAGGCAGGGUUUCGCCAUGUUGGCCAGAUGGUUCUUGAGAUCCUAACCUUGUGGUCCAUCUGCCUCAACCUCCCAAAGUGCUAGGAUUACAGGCGUGAGCCACCGAGCCCGGCAUAUUCUUUGUAUGUUUAACUGGAGCUUCCCUUUCCCCUUCCAGGGGGCCCUGCUUUGUCCUUUCCCCUUCCCUGCAGCCUUCCUUUAUUUCCUUUCCCUGUUCCUCUGGUCCUCUUUUUGGAAUAAUUAGUCUGAGAAAUAUACAUAUAAUUGAAGUAGCCCUAUUGGAUUAUCAGGUAAGAUGAUCCAGUUUUUUUUUUUUCCCAUAAGGCUGCCCUUUUUCUCUUCACUAUGUCUGCCUGGUUUUGUGUUGGCAUCCUCUGGGCUUCAUUUAUCUUGCUUAUUACUCUUCAUUUUCAGGAAGCAUGGUUUUGACUCAGAGAGCAGCUGUUUGAAAAUAAGGCUAGGUCCUUUUGCAGUUUUCUGUUGUGCAUAUGGGUUUCCAUAACCAGUUUUCGUGUGUGUGUGUGUGUGUGUGUGUGUGUGUAUGAAGAAGAGUUUUGGGUGGGUACUCAUGGUACAUAGAAAAACUGGCAGGUACACUUCAACUUGCAGGGCAGAGAGACAGGAUUAGUCAUCUGUUACUCAGUUUUUUCUCAUUGCAUUCUCUUCAAUCAAAAUUGAUCUUGGCUGGGCGCGGUGGCUCACGCCUAUAAUUCCAGCACUUUGGGAGGCCGAGGCGGGUGGAUCACGAGGUCAAGAGAUCGAGACCAUCAUUGUCAACAUGGUGAAACGCCAUCUCUACUAAAAAUACAAAAAUUAGCUGGGCAUGGUGGCAUGCGCCUGUAGUUCCAGCUACUAGGGAGGUUGAGGCAGGAGAAUUGCUUGAACCCAGGAGGCGGAGGUUGCGGUGAGCCGAGAUCGCGCCAUUGCACUCCAUCCUGGGUAACAAGAGCAAAACUCUGUCUCAGGAAAAAAAAAAAAAUUGAUCUCACCAGCAACUUAUUUUUCUAACUCCUUCACUGUGCUGAGUAAUUCUUCCACCCUGAGUCUUCAGGAUGACAUUUGGUUAGUAUGCCCCGUAUGUGUGUGACUGCCUGUGGGAAUAAACGAUAAAAACACAAAGUGUCUUAAGAAUUACCUUAUUACAUUGGUUCCUUUUUAUCUUGGAAAAUUUGUAAUUAAAAGCUAUUUUUUGAGAUAAGGUUUACUAAUCUUAGGUGACUAAUAAGUGUUAUAAAUGGAUUUCCUGUAAGGAGAAUUGAAUACUUACCCGCCACCUCCCCUGAGACGGAGUCUCUGUCACCCAGGCUGGAGUGCAGUGGCGUGAUCUUGGCUCACUGCAACCUCUCCCUCCCCAGUUCAUGCAGUUCUCCUGCCUCAGCUUCCUGAGUAGCUAGGACUACAGAUGUGCACCACCAUGCCUGGCUAAUUUUUGUAUUUCUAGUAGAGAUGGGGUUUCACCAUAUUGGCCAGGCUGGUCUCUGAUUGCUGACAUUGUGAUCCAUCUGCUUCAGCCUCCCAAAGUGCUGGGAUUACAGGCGUGAGCCACUGUGCCUGACCUGAAUACUUUUCAUGAUGGCAAAAUCUAAGAGGCCACAGGAAAAAAACAAUGUUUUUAAAUUUUCUGACUAGAAAACUUGGCUGAGAGUUGAAUUAAGUGCCUAUUGUGUUUUCCAGUGAAAUGCAAAUCUUACAGAUUACUUCUUACAGUUAGGAAAAUUCCACACUUGUGUAAUAUUAGAACAACUGUAGUUUUCCUAUCUUAGGGCAGAAGUUCAGUAUUCCAUGGGGAGAGAAAGUCAGUAAUUACCUUUGUUACUCUCCUUUUUCUUUGAAGGAAUUUUCUAGCAUAUCCAGUUUAUCAGUAACUUCUUAAAUUUGUGACUUGGGUGUCUUCUAAAAAGGCUCAGGAUGACUUUUUUCCCCCUUCAGUGUAUGCUGAAUUUUAGGUGUGAUGAAAAAGGUAUCGAAAAUGAAGCUUCCUUUGAGCAUCUGUUGCCCACGCUGCAGUCACUUCGAGCUGAAUUCAUGUGGCCUUCAAUGUAAGUGCUGUGUCCAGACAUGUCCAAAUGAGCACCAAGCUGGAAGUUUGUGAACACAGCAGCGGAUACCCCCGCUGUUGUAAUGCAACAGUGUGCCUUGAAAGACUCAGCAUGGCUUGGUCUUCAGAGUGGAGUUUUGUUUGUAUAUUCCCAGUCCAGUAGUAAAUUCUGCUUUAACAUAACCACCAUGUUUGCUACUCUAAAUCUGCACAUAACUGGAAGUGAAACGGUGUCUUUCUUGCAUUUUUUAGCCUAACACCUAUACCUGUGGAAACAUAACACUAUAAAAACAGUUCUUAUAAAGCAGCACGUUAUAUUCCCCUGUUUGCCUACAUGAUUUACUAAUUAUGUAGUAAUUAAAGCCAUUACUUAUCAAUCAAAUACCUUUAGAUUUACCAUAGUUAUAAAAGUUGGCUUGAUGUAGUAAAACUUGUAUCUCUCUAAUGCAUGAGCAUAGAAUGCCAGUCAGAAUUUAUUGCUCGAAACAGAUAAGGCUGGCCGUGGUGACUCACGAGUGUAAUUCCAGCACUUUGGGAGGCUGAGGCGGGUGGCUCACCUGAGGUCGGUGGCUCACCUGAGGUCAGGAGCUCAAGACCAGCUUGGCCAACGUUGUGAAACUCUGCCUCUACAAAAAUACAAAACUUAGCCAGGUGUGAUGGUGCAUGUCAGUAAUGCCAGCAGCUCAGAAGGCUGAGGCAGGAGAAUCACUUGAACCCUGAGGCAGAGGUUGCAGUGAGUGGAGAUCAUGCCACUGCAGUCUAGCCUGGGCAACAGAGACUCCAUCUCAGAAAUAAAAAAAAAACUAAAUAAAUAAAUAAAUGUGAUCCUGCUAUGUUGCCCAGGUUGGACUCAAACUCCUGGGCUCGAGCAAUCCUCCUGCCUCAGCCUUCUGAAUAGCUGGGAUUACAAGUGCAAACCACCAUGGAACUACUAAAAAGAGUUUAUGUUGCUUGUAUUCAUUAGAGAAAAAAACGAGUUGAAGAAAUGGUAAUUGUUGGUCAAAGAAGCCGAAAGAUUAAAUCAGGUCUUGUGUGUGGGUAUGUGUAUGUGCAUGUAUUGAAGAAAAUGUGUUUCAAUUUGAGAAUUAGAAAACUGGAUAUUUCAUUUUAAUUAUUUAAAGAGUAGAAUGUUCUUCCAUUAUUGAAUCUUCUUUUAUGCCACCAAAUGGCUUAACCUGAUUUACCCUGCCUAUUUUGGUUAAGACACAGCAAAACACCCUAAAACCUGUGAUAAUUUUUGAAAUACAAUUUUAAGAAGAUUUGCUCUUACAUAAAUCACAAGAAGAAAUACAGCUGGAAAUAAUUUCACUUUUCUUGCUGUAAAUUUUUUUAGUGGGUUUGUGACAGUAUACAUUUUCUUGCUAGAUGCUAACGAUACAUUUUAUUAUCUGUAUUAGGAAUUACCUAUUUAAUAGGAAGAGUGAAUAAAUUGAUCUGCUCUCAUGCUGUUAAGAUCUUAAAGUACCAUUAUAUUCCUUUUGGUAGUCAUAUCUCAUGUGAAAGGUCUCAUGUAAAUAUCUGACUUAUGGUAAAAUAUUUAUGCAAGAUAAAAAAUGUACAACUUUAUUUUUCUUCAUCUAAAAUGCACAGAAUAACUGGGUAAGGAAUGGAUGCAUCGGGCCUUUUUCCUUUUAAAUUUGUACUGCUAAAUACACCGAGGAAAUUGACAUCAAAACCAAAUUCAAGGACUUCCACAGACAUUACAGGUCAAUUUUAGUUCCAAACGAAAGAAAUAUUUUAAAAGUUCUUAUGUAGCCCAGUUUUCUCUUCUUUCCUUUUUUUUAAUUUUUUAUUUUUUUAUUUUUUUAUUUGAGAUGGAGUUUCACUCUUGUUGCCCAGGCUGGAGUGCAAUGGCACAAUCUUGGCUUACUGCACCCUCUACCUCCUGGGUUCAAGCAAUUCUCCUGCCUCAGCCUCCUGAGUAGCUGGAAUUCAGGCAUGUAUCACCACGCUCAGCUAAUUUUGUAUUUUUAGCAGAGACAGCGUUUCUCUGUGUUGGUUAGGCUGGUCUCAAACUCCCAAACUCAGGUGAUAUGCCCACCUCGGCCUCCCAAAGUGCUGGGAUUACAGGCAUGAGCCGCCACACCUGACCAGUUUUAUUUUCUUGAAACGUUAACUAGACACCUGGUUAGUCAGUUUAUUUUGACCCCACAGUUUAUUUUUAUGUUGCGGCAGUUGGAGGAACUGAACUUUGACCCUGAUCCUUUAUGUACUCCUGCGGUGAAACAGCCCAUUUUACUUAACACAUAAUAUAUCUGUGCAUUAGGAAAACUUGGUAGAGAAGAUUAUCUUUCUGUGCAGGUAUGAAAUGUCUAAACUCAUCUGUUAUGAACCAACGAUAAUGUAGGAAAACUUGGAUGUCCGCAUACAGAUUUUCUUGAAUUAAAGAAAAAAAGCCAGACACUGACAAAGGAGAGUUGAACUGAGAAACGGUACCCUGAAAACCGCAGAAAUGAGAGAAAGAGGCAGUGGGCCACAAAGAACUGUCCUUUUCAGAGAUCCCCAGAGAAGCCCUGUCCCCUUCCCCCGACACCCUGCCAGAAUGUUGGGUUUCAAAGAAUGAGCAGGUUAAUGGGUAUCAAGUUGUGUGGCCUGAGCUAAGGAUAAAGAAUAAUUUGCCUGAGUUAUAGUACUGGCUGGGUCAGUACAGGCUUUCUACUUGGAAUAUCGCUCCAUGAAGGAAAAAGGAACAUAAGUAAGGAAGAUUAAAGUUGUUGCUGCUGGAAGGGAGACAUACUAAAUAAACUACUGAAGGCCAGGAGAGAGCAGGAAGAGAAACUCAGUUGAAGUUCUGUAAUACUCAGAGUUGGGCAAGAACUGCCAAUAAGGGAGCCAGCAUACAUCUGAGACUAACACCAGAGCUUCCAAGGAUCUGUGAGAGGGAGAGCUCUGCUGAUGGACGUAGGUCCACAAUCAUUAACUAUUUAUUUGGGCCAUGUCACUGGGGGCAGUAUUAAAAGACUUUGCCAACAUCAUACUUUCUCUAUGGAAAAACCAAGUGGCCUUGGAGGAGGCUAAGAUAAAGUUUCAGACUUGGGCUCCACAGAAGUGGAACUUGAGGCUGGGUGUAGUACAAGGACCUUCAUGUAUCAGGUUAGAGAUUUUGAUGCUUUUGGUGAUUUUUGUACCAAACAUAUGCUGUCACCUGGGAUCAGUCUAUUAUGCUUUCUAUGAAAUAAUUAUUCCAAAGAGGCUGACAGUCCAGGGAGCAGAGAGCCCAGUAGGGACUGUCUUAUUAUUUAUGGAAGGCCAGAAACACCUGGUACACCUGAAGGUGAAGAGAAGCCAUUUUGUGAAUAACUUUCCAGUCUACAGUUACCACAGUGGCAUCCUGGGGCAAGAAUCACCUUUUACCUCCCACGACUGCCACUGUGAAGGCUACAUAGAAGGAGUGUCAGGUUCUUUUGUUUCUGUCAACACCUGUGCAGGUCUCAGGGGCAUCUUGAUCAAGGAGGAAACAUCUUACAGCAUUGAGCCCAUGGAGUCUUCAAGACGGUUUGAACAUGUGUUAUAUACCAUGGCACAUCAAGCACGAGUGUCCUGCGGUGUCGCUCCCACAGAUAGCCAUGUGGUGUCCACUAGCUGGCAACAAGGGAGCAAGAAGCCUUAUGAUCGACAGGUGCUGUCCUACUUGUGGUCACACCCCAAGUACGUGGAAAUGUUUGUUGUGGUCAACAACCAGAGGUUCCAGAUGUGGGGCAGUAACGUCAAUGAGACGGUCCAGAGAGUAGUGGAUGUCAUUGCUCUGGCCAACAGCUUCACCAGGGGAAUAAACACAGAGGUGGUGCUGGCUGGAAUGGAGAUCUGGACCGAGAGGGAACUAAUAGAGGUCGCAGUGGACUUGCAAGUCACACUCAGGAAUUUCAAUCGCUGGAGACAAGAGAUGCUCUUCCGUCGUGCGAAGCAUGACGUUGCCCACAUGAUCGUUGGGCAUCAUCCUGGACAGAAUACGGGCCAGGCCUUUCUCAGUGGUGCCUGCUCAAGCAGUUUUGCAGCAGCUGUUGAAUCCUUCCAUCAUGAAGAUGUGCUGUUGUUUGCAGCCCUCAUGGUCCAUGAGCUCGGGCACAACCUGGGUAUUCAGCACGACCACUCGGCCUGCUUUUGUAAAGAUAAGCAUUUUUGCCUCAUGCAUGAAAAUAUCACAAAAGAAAGUGGCUUCAGCAACUGCAGCUCUUACUACUUCUACCAGUUCCUUCGAGAACACAAAGGGGCCUGCCUAUUUAACAAGCCAUGGCCCAGGGCCCGCAAGCGUAGGGAUUCCACUUGUGGAAAUGGCAUGGUGGAGGACACGGAGCAGUGUGACUGUGGUUCUGCCUGUGACCUCGACCCAUGCUGUGAUCCCACAUGCACUCUGAAGGAGAAUGCUGAGUGCAGCCAUGGCCUCUGCUGCCAGGACUGCUCUUUCAGAAGGAAGUGGCUUUUAUGUCGUCCUACUCAGGAUGAGUGUGACCUCCCAGAAUAUUGUGACGGGAGCUCUGCAGAAUGCCCUGCAGACAGCUACAAGCAAGAUGGCACGCUGUGUGAUAGAAUUCACUAUUGCUCUGCGGGUCAGUGUAAGAACCCCGAUAAGCAAUGUGUGAAUAUAUACGGGUACCCUGCAAGAUCUGCCCCAGAAGACUGUUACAUUUCAAUGAAUACCAGAGGAGACCGGUUUGGAAACUGUGGACGUCCCACUGAGGAUCAGCAAAAGUAUGUUACAUGUUCAAGUGAUAAUGUAUUUUGUGGGAAACUCGUAUGUACAGGUGUUGAAUCCUUACCACGACUCAAAGCUCAACAUACAAUCAUCCAGGUCCCUCAUGACGAUGACUGGUGCUGGAGCAUGGAUGCCCAUAACAUUACUGAUAUCCCUGAUGAUGGAGAUGUGCACAUCGGCACUUCUUGUGCCCCAAACAAAGUCUGCACGGAUUACUCCUGCGUCCAUCACUCUGUACUCCUGUAUGACUGCAGACCAGAGGAAUCGUGUCAUGGGAAAGGAGUUUGCAACAAUUUAAGGCACUGCCAUUGUGAGCUUGGUUUUGCUCCUCCUGACUGUAAAAAUCCAGGAAACGGAGGUAGUGUGGACAGCGGCCCUCAAGUUCAAGUUACUGACAACAAUGCAAGUGGUCAUGAAAGUCAUGCUCGUGGUCAACAUGCAGGAUAAGACCGAUACUAUAAAGUGGCAGUGGUACUAGUCCCCCUGUUUCUUCUAGUCUUAUUGUGCACUCUACUUACAAUGUCCUACCUCUUCUCUGAAGUGCAGACAUCAGUGGCUGAAGUAGAGGAGUCAUCAACGGAGACAACAUUGGAAUCAGAGCUGACUUCAGAAGAUGUGGUCCCAACAGCAGAGGAAAUCCUACCAGUAGGUGAGGAGGCCCCACCACCAGGAGAGGAGGCUCUACCACCUGGAGAAGGCUUGCCACCAGCAAAGGCCCCACCACCAGCAGAGGCCCCGCCACUGGCAGAGGCCCCAACAGCAGAGGCCCCACUACCAGAAGAAGCCCCACCACCACAGGCUGUCCCACCAGCAGAGUCCCCAACAGCAGAGGCUACCCCCCAACCAGAGGCUGCCCCCCCACCAGAAGCUGCCCCCCCACCACAGGUGCCACCAGUACAGUAGGCCCCUCUACCAGAUGCCCAGGAAGAGCUGGCAGCAAAAGAGGAAGUAGAUGAAAGACAGGAAAAGCUAAAGGAGAAGAGUGAGGAUGAAGCCAAAUAUCUCAAACAUGUCAAGCAUUGAGUGGUAAUAG